AUGGCCACCACCAGCACCGCUCCUGUGCCAGCGGAGGCACCGACGCAGCACCACCAACAACAGCGGAGGCACCUACGCAGCACCAACAACAACAGCGGAGGCCUCGACGCAGCAUCACCAACAACAGCGGAGGCACCGACGCAGCACCACCAACAACAGCGGAGGCACCUACGCAGCACCACCAACAAUAGCGGAGGCCCCGACGCAGCACCACCAACAACAGCGGAGGCCCGACGCAGCACCACCAACAACAGCGAAGGCCUCGACGCAGCACCACCAACAACAGCGGAGGCCCCGACGCAGCACCACCAACAACAGCGGAGGCACCGACGCAGCACCACCAACAACAGCGGAGGCACCUACGCAGCACCACCAACAAUAGCGGAGGCCCCGACGCAGCACCACCAACAACAGCGGAGGCACCUACGCAGCACCACCAACAAUAGCGGAGGCCCCGACGCAGCACCACCAACAACAGCGGAGGCCCCGACGCAGCACCACCAACAAGAGCGGAGGCCCCGACGCAGCACCACCAACAACAGCGGAGGCACCGACGCAGCACCACCAACAACAGCGGAGGCCCCGACGCAGCACCACCAACAACAGCGGAGGCACCGACGCAGCACCACCAACAACAGCGGAGGCACCGACGCAGCACCACCAACAACAGCGGAGGCACCAACGCAGCACCACCAACAACAGCGGAGGCACCGACGCAGCACCACCAACAACAGCGGAGGCACCAACGCAGCACCACCAACAACGCGGCAGCAGCAGCAGGAGGCCCGGCAGGAGGGCCCGCAGCAGCAGCAGGGGGCCCGGCUGGAGGGGCCGCAGCAGCAGCAGGAGCAGGGGGCCCGGCUGGGACGCAGUGUUCAAGUAGAUGCAGGAAUGUGUCGUGACCUCUUCCUCUUUUACACUUAA